AUGGUGCGCACAACCACCAUCAGUCCCUGGGUCGAGAUCGGUCUUCGUUUCGUCGGCAUGUGGCCGGAUUCGGCCUAUCCGGAUCUCUACUGGACUUCAUACAUGACAUUUUUAACGGUGGUGCAAUAUUUUCAAUACUAUUACGUCAUUGUGCAUUUUGACGCGAGUGAUCUUUCGCUGUUAAUGGAUGGCCUCGGUUUGUCUCUGGCGUACAGUCUCGCAAUGCUGAAACUACUCACGCUGAGGUGGAAUCGCCGGUAA